AUGGAAGAAGAAGACCAGCAAAAAGUCGCAGAUCUGAUCAAAGAGCUCGUCAUUCGCUUGAUCUCACAAAACCCCAACUCUGAAUCUCACCCACCAACUCCCAACUCCCCUCAAUUCCAAAGCUCACUUCGCUACGCGUUUCGGUUGAUCUCGAGUCGAUUAACUCCAUCUGUUUCUCCUGAUGCCGCCGCCAUAGCCGAGUCCACCAAGCGCCGCCUCGCCACUCAAGGUAAGUCCUCGCAAGCGCUCACUUUCGCCGACCUUUAUACUAAAUUCGCAUCGAAAACCGGACCAGGAAGUGUAAAUAACAAAUGGGCAGUCCUUUAUUUGCUCAAAAUUAUAUCUGAGGAUCGAAAAAAUGUGAAAACCCAGUUGGAUUCUUCGGUUUUGUUGCCCAAUUUGGCGUUACACGACGGUGAAUUGGGCAACGAGUCGAGGGUUUUGUUGGGUAAGGGAAAUAAGGAAAAGGGUUGGAACAAUGGGGUUUUGUUAGUUUCGAAAGACCCGGAAAAUCUUCGGGAAAUUGCAUUUAGGGAGUUUGUGAACUUGAUUAAGGAAGAAAAUGAAGUUUCUGAAGAGGUUUUGGUGAGAGAUGUGUUGUAUGCUUGUCAAGGCAUUGAUGGAAAGUAUGUGAAAUUUGAUUCUGGUGCUGAUGGCUAUGUUUUAUCGGAUUUGAUUAAGGUUCCGAGAGCAAUCCGCCUUAUGGUUCGAAAGCUUUGUGAAUUGGGGUGGUUGUUUAGGAAGGUUAAAGGGUAUAUUUCAGAGAGUAUGGAUGGGUUUCCAUCUGAAGAUGUUGGAACCGUUGGUCAGGCCUUUUGUGCUGCAUUACAAGAUGAGCUCUCCGAUUACUACAAGUUGUUGGCAGUGCUUGAAGCACAGUCAAUGAAUCCAAUUCCUUUGGUUUCAGAGACAGCGAGCUCAGGGAAUUAUCUUUCGCUGAGGAGGUUGUCUGUAUGGUUUGCAGAGCCAAUGGUGAAAAUGAGGUUGAUGGCCGUUUUGGUUGAUAAAUGUAGGGUUUUAAGGGGUGGGGCAAUGGCUGGAGCUAUUCAUUUGCAUGCCCAGCAUGGUGAUCCAUUGGUGCACGAGUUCAUGGGGCGCUUACUCCGGCGGGUGUGUUCUCCACUAUUUGAGAUGGUGAGGAGUUGGGUUUUGGAGGGAGAGUUGGAAGAUGUUUUUGCAGAAUUCUUUGUCGUUGGUCAGCCAGUGAAAGCUGAGUCUCUUUGGAGGGAAGGUUACCUGCUCCAUGCUGGGAUGCUUCCUUCUUUUAUUUCACAAUCUCUUGCGCAGCGCAUUCUGAGGACUGGCAAAUCAAUCAAUUUCCUUCGUGUCUGUUGUGAGGACCGUGGUUGGGCUGAUGCUGCAACAGAAGCGGCAGCUGCUGCUGGUACCUCAACAAGAAGAUGGGGUCUUGGAUAUGGUGAAACUGAUGCUCUUGAGUCUUUGGUCGAUGGAGCAGCAAAAAGAGUUGAUAAGCAUUUGUUGGAUGUUAUUUACAACCAGUAUAAGUUCAAAGAGCACUGUCUUGCAAUAAAGCGGUAUUUACUGCUUGGACAGGGUGACUUUGUUCAGUAUCUAAUGGAUAUUGUCGGACCAGAGCUUUCUGAACCUGCUAACACUAUAAGCUCUUUUCAGCUAGCUGGGUUGCUGGAAACUGCAGUCCGAGCAUCCAAUGCUCAGUAUGAUGAUCAUGAUAUAUUGGAUAGGUUAAAGGUAAAGAUGAUGCCACAUGGAACUGGUGAUAGGGGCUGGGAUGUGUUCUCAUUGGAAUAUGAUGCAAGAGUUCCUCUAGAUACUGUUUUUACGGAGUCUGUGAUGGCAAAGUAUUUAAGAAUUUUUAAUUUCUUGUGGAAGCUUCGACGAGUAGAGCAUGCUCUUAUUGGUGCUUGGAAAACGAUGAAACCAAAUUGUAUCACUUCGCGUUCCUUCAUGAAGCUGCAGCAUGCAGUUAAGUUGCAGUUGCUCUCAACUCUGAGGCGAUGCCAGGUUCUUUGGGAUGAGAUGAAUCAUUUUGUCUCAAACUUGCAAUACUAUAUUAUGUUUGAAGUCUUGGAGGUGUCAUGGUCCAACUUUUUGAAUGAAAUGGAGGUGGCCAAGGACCUUGAUGAUCUACUUGCUGCACAUGAAAAGUACCUCCAUUCGAUUGUGGAGAAAUCCCUCCUUGGAGAACGUUCCCAAACCCUUUACAGUUCACUCUUUGCCUUGUUUGAUCUUAUAUUGAAAUUCCGAAGUCAUGCAGAUCGAUUGUCUGAAGGAAUUAAUGAGUUGCAAGCAAGAACCUUGGAAUCCUCCAUACCAUCUCGAAACAAGAUUAAAACAAAAAAGCGAUUAAAUGAUACAUCAGAGCCUGGGUCCUGGGUCAGUGAGGGUAGGAAGGCCCUCACACAACGUGCUGGUGAAUUUCUUCGGAAUAUGGAACAAGAUCUAGAUGCACUAUCAAAAGAAUAUUCAUCAUUGCUUGAGGAUUUUAUUUCUAAGUUGCCCAUGCAGCAGCAUGUUGAUUUGAAGUUCCUCCUAUUUCGGCUUGACUUCACUGAAUUUUAUAGCCAAUUGCGUCCUAGUACGUAG